AUCUUUCUUUAACUUUGUUUUGUAUUAGCAUGGAAUAUUUUAUUAUGUUUCUUAUAUCACAAACAUACUAUGCAUUAUAGUGUAGCAGAUUGCUACAGAACUCAGACAACUUCAGGUCAACACUUGAUUCCAGCAGUUGAUACUUCAGGUAAUCAAUUUUCUGUGCUCUGAGAUUGAUAGCCACAAGAGAUUAAAUUGUAAGUAUACUGAAAUGCUUUCUUGUAAUUAGUUGCUAUCAAGUGAAUGAUAUUAGAUGUAACCAAGGAAUUAUAGUGUUUUUCAGAGAAUCCUUGAGUGAACUUAUGGAUAUACUUAUAGUUUCAGUCUAGUUUUUCUCUCUGUCUUUAGAAAAUUUGGGUCUCAAAGAUAUAUUCGGUUAUAUGUCAUGUUUUACUUGAUUUUUGAAAUUUGAGAGAAUAAAACAUCAACAAUUACAUUUGACAUAUAUUUUAAACAUGUAAGUUAGAGGUAAGAAUUAUACAAUUAACAUGUCUUAUUCUUUCUACUGUUGGUUCCCUAAGAGUGUAUGGUCCUUGGUGCCACAUAGUGGCUAAUCUAGGUAUAUAUUAAAAUAUUUUAGUUGUUAAACGUAAUGUAGUAGGGAGGAAUAAACCCUUCUGACAAAUUUACCUUCUGAACCUUUCUACCAAUUUACCUUUUAAAAUAGCAAUUAUUUACUUUAAUAUACAAAUAUAUAAAUAAUAGAAAAGUUUAGUAAAACUAUGCAUUCAUGGUAGGUUCUAACUCUCACUUUUAGAUUUAGCAGUAAUAAUAUUUGAAAUGUUUGUAACCACUUAUAUUUAAUUUUUUCGAUAUCUGGAUAACAUAAUCAAAAUAAUGUAUUGAAUAUCUACACCAUGUCUUGCUUUUUAAUAGGAACAGAGGGAAAUAAAGAAAUAAAUGGUUGCUCUGGUGUUUUCCAGGAAUUGGAAAUUAUUAUAUUGACAUACGAUUAUAUAAUGUAAAACUUAAAUUUCAAGGCUUUGUAAGUCCUAGAAUGCCAAGUUCAUAAGCAUUACUUUCAACAUCUCUGCUCCUACAGAGCUCUGCACAGGGUUGGUUCUCUAUGAAAACUUGUCACGGAAUGUUUAAUUGUAUAAUAUGAUAAAUAUUUUUUAACUGGAGUCUUCAUUUUCCCUCAUAUUUCAUAAUUAUUCACAUUGUUAAUUUUUUCUACAUUUCUAAUUUCAGUAUAUGUCUAGAUAACUUCUCUAUGCCUCACCCUCACUUAUUUCUCUUUUCAAGACAUUUUUGGAAGAUAAAAACAAUGAAAAUAGAAUAAUAAUGUCAAGGCGUUCCGUUUUGGCCUCCAAGUAGUACAGUUUUCUCAUUGCAUCAGAACUAUAAUGCUGGCCAGGCGCAGUGGCACACGCCUGUAAUCCCAGCACUUUGGGAGGCCAAGGUGGGCGGAUCAUGAGGUCAGGAGUUUGAGACCAGCCUGGCCAACACAAUGCAACCCUGUCUCUACUAAAAAUACAAAAAUUAGCUGGGUGUGAUGGCAGCCACCUGUAAUCCCAGCUUCUCGUGAAGCUAUGGCAGGAGAAUCGCUUGAACUUGGGAGGCGGAGGUUGCAGUGACCAGAGAUCGCACCACCGCACUCCAGCCUGGGCAACAGAGCGAUCCUCCAUCUCAAAAAGAAAAGAACUUGCCAUUUUUGAAAAAGAAAGUAUCGGAUGAAAUAACUUAUGCUGAAGAUACUGCUAAUUCAAUUGCACUUCUGGGUGACUUAAUGAAAAUACCAAGUUCUGAAUUGAGGAUACAAAUUUGUAAGUGUAUUGUUGACUUUUAUCAUGCAGAACCACCAAAGAAGCAUAUUCCAGGUUACCAGCAAGCAUGUUCAUCAUACAAGAUUCAAAUGGCAGAAGUUGGAGGAUUAGCAAAAACAAUGGUUCAGGCAGUGACCUUGCUUGAAAACCAACUUGUUGAGAAACUUUGGGUACUUAAAGUUCUGCAGCAUCUCUCAACUUCUGAAGUUAAUUGUAGUAUAAUGAUGAAAGCACAAGCAGCCAGUGGAAUCUGUGCUCACCUGAAUGACCCAGAUCCCUCUGGGCAGCUUUUAUUUCGUUCAUCAGAAAUACUUUGGAACUUGUUGGAAAAAUCUUCAAAAGAAGAAAUCCUACCACAGCUUAGUAACUUGGAAUGUUUGCUGGCUUUGAAGGAAGUAUUUAAAAAUCUGUUUAUGAGAGGUUUUAGUCAUUAUGACCGUCAGCUUAGAAAUGACAUAUUAGUGAUCACUACAAUUAUAGCUCAAAAUCCUGAAGCACCAAUGAUUGAAUGUGGCUUUGCUAAGGAUUUGAUACUGUUUGCCACCUUUAAUGAAGUUAAAAGUCAAAAUAUUUUGGUAAAAGGACUUAAGCUUUCUAAUUCCUAUGAAGAUUUUGAAUUGAAGAAAUUGCUAUUCAACAUAAUUGUGAUCUUAUGUAAAGAUUUACCUACUAUACAGCUAUUAAUUGAGGGCAGUGUUGUUUUGGCUUUGUUUACCUAUGUUAAGAAGCCUGAGAAACAAAGAACAAUUGACUGGUCUGCAGCACAGUAUGAAGAAUUACAACUGCAUGCAAUUGCCACUUUGUCUUCAGUGGCUCCUUUAUUAAUAGAAGAAUACAUGUCAUGCCAGGGAAAUGCUCAAGUCCUUGCAUUUCUAGAAUGGUGUGAGAUUGAAGAUUCGUUUUUCAGUCAUGGUAACAGUUUUCAUGGUACAGGUGGCCGAGGCAACAAGUUUGCCCAGAUGCGCUACAGUUUACGACUCCUGAGAGCCAUGGUCUACCUUGAAGAUGAAACUGUAAACACAGAUCUUUGUGAAAAGGGAACAAUUCAGCAAAUGAUAGGAAUCUUUAAAAAUAUUAUAAGCAAGACUAAUGAAAAGGAAGAAGCCAUUGUUUUGGAAAUCCAGUCUGAUAUAUUACUUAUCCUAUCUGGUCUUUGCGAGCAUCAUAUUCAAAGGAAGGAAAUUUUUGGAACUGAAGGAGUAGAUAUAGUUCUUCAUGUGAUGAAAACAGAUCCCAGGAAGUUACAGAGUGGCCUAGGCUAUAAUGUACUUCUUUUUAGUACAUUGGACAGCAUUUGGUUUGGGGGUACAUCUGAAGAACAUGCAAGAUUGUUGCAUAGGUGCUGUAUUUUAGGAUGUUAUCCCUCAGAGGAUUACUUUCUUGAAAAGGAAGGCAUUUUUCUCCUUUUGGAUGUGCUGGCAUUGAACGAAAAAAAAUUCUGUAAUCUAAUACUUGGAAUAAUGGUUGAAUUUUGUGAUAAUCCCAAAACUGCAGCUCAUGUCAAUGCUUGGCGAGGGAAGAAGGAUCAGACAGCUGCCAGUCUUUUAAUUAAAUUGUGGAGAAAGGAGGAAAAAGAACUAGGAGUAAAACGUGAUAAAAAUGGGAAGAUCAUUGAUACAAAGAAACCUCUAUUUACUAGCUUUCAAGAAGAGCAAAAAAUCAUCCCACUGCCUGCUAACUGCCCAUCUAUUGCAGUUAUGGAUGUUUCUGAGAAUAUUAGAGCAAAAAUUUAUGCUAUAUUGGGCAAACUAGAUUUUGAAAAUUUACCUGGUCUAUCUGCUGAAGAUUUUGUCACCCUCUGUAUUAUACAUAGAUAUCUUGAUUUUAAAAUUGGAGAAAUAUGGAAUGAAAUAUAUGAAGAAAUAAAAUUAGAAAAAUUAAGACCAGUCACUACAGAUAAAAAAGCUUUGGAAGCUAUUACAACAGCAUCAGAAAAUAUUGGAAAGAUGGUUGCUUCUCUGCAAAGUGAGAUAAUUGAAAGCCAAGCAUGCCAAGAUGUGCAAAAUGAACAAAAAGUAUAUGCAAAAAUACAAGCCACACACAAGCAAAGAGAGCUGGCUAAUAAAUCAUGGGGAAAUUUCUUGGCUAGAACAUCAAAUGCUAAAACAUUAAAGAAAGCAAAAAGGCUUCAAGAAAAGGCUAUUAAAGCCUCUAGAUACCAUGAACGACCACAACAUGCAAUAUUUCACCCAACAGAUAUUAAAGGCCUUAACACAACGGUGCCCUCUGGUGGGGUAGUAACAGUGGAAAGCACUCCUGCCCGAUUAGUAGGAGGACCUCUGGCUGAUACGGAUAUUGCUCUUAAAAAACUGCCCAUUCGAGGAGGAGCCUUGCAGAGGGUGAAAGCAGUUAAAAUUGAGGAAGCACCAAAAAAGAGUAUUCCUACAUAAUAUACUCUAGAGACUUUUUGAAAUAAAAUCAGCUUAUAAUGUU